CUGGAGCGUGCACACGGGCAACGGCAAACAGAGCAGCACAAGGGCUACACUAGUGAAAUGAUUAAAAGAACCUACAAGAGAUCCUGCACCAUUUCUCCCCCUCGAAGAUUAUACUUUUCUUCGUUCCACCCACUCCCAUUUUCCAUUUCUACCAUUUUUGGUGCUAGUAUCUCCGUCCUCCACACCCUCUUCAUCACCCUUUUGCGUCAUUUAACAAGCAAGGAAGCAAUCUCCCCCAGGUGGUUCCAAAUCACCUCCCUCUCUUUCUCUCUCUUCCCCCGAUUCCUCCCUCCCUCUCCCUCCGCUCCCCAGCUCGCUCUCCCCCUUUCCCAUUCACACUGCUCUCACAGACAGUUCCCCCCAUUGCCAUUGGCGCCGCCAAUCCCGAGCUCCAAAUCUCACGAGCGUCACCCCAGGGUCCGAAUCCAUGCCCCCACUACCCUCACUCCGCUGCCACUCUCCUGCAUUGCUAUAAAAUCCGCUGCAUCUCGGCUCUGGCCCAUCUAAUCCACCGAGGAGCCAUGGCCGGAGCCCCUAAAUCCACCGGCAUUGCCCUCAUCCCCCUCCUACUGCUCGCCGCCACCGCCUCGACGCUCCCGCUUCUCAACUCCUCGGUCCCCGACCCCGCCGCCGUCGUCGCCGACUUCCACAGCAAGGUGGCGACUUCGCGGCGGCGGAUGCAGGAGGCCGGGGGAGGCGCCAGCAGCGGCGGGUGCAUGACGGGCAACCCCAUCGACGACUGCUGGCGGUGCGCGGGGACGGACUGGCGUCAGGACCGGCAGCGGCUGGCGGACUGCGGCAUCGGGUUCGGCCGCAACGCGCUGGGCGGCAAGGGCGGGCCGCUGUACGUGGUGACGGACUCCUCCGACCGGGACCCCGUGAACCCCGUCCCGGGCACGCUCCGCCACGCCGCCAUCCAGGAAGGCCCGCUCUGGAUCGUGUUCGCCGCCGACAUGACCAUCCGCCUCAACGAGGAGCUCCUGGUGAACAGCUACAAGACCAUCGACGGGCGCGGCGCGCGCGUGCACAUCGGCGCGGGGGGCGCCUGCAUCACGCUGCAGUACGUGUCCAACAUCAUCAUCCACAACGUGCACGUCCACGACUGCGUCCCCGCCGGGAACGCCAACGUGCGGUCGUCGCCGACGCACUACGGGUGGCGGACGCGGUCGGACGGCGACGGCAUCUCGCUGUUCGGCGCCCGGGACGUGUGGGUGGACCACUGCGCGCUGUGGCGGUGCGCGGACGGGCUGGUGGACGCCAUCGAGGGGUCGACGGCCAUCACCGUGUCCAACAGCUACUUCGCGCACCACGACGAGGUGAUGCUGCUGGGCGCCAGCGACGCGUACCUCCCGGACUCGGGGAUGCAGGUGACCAUCGCGUUCAACCGCUUCGGCCCGGGGCUGGUGCAGCGGAUGCCGAGGUGCCGGAGGGGGUACUUCCACAUCGUCAACAACGACUACACGUCGUGGGAGAUGUACGCCAUCGGCGGCAGCGCAAGCCCCACCAUCAACAGCCAGGGGAACCGAUACAUCGCCCCCGCCGACCCGAACGCCAAAGAGGUGACGAAGCGGGUGGACACGGCGGAGGGGCAGUGGUCGGGGUGGAACUGGCGGACGGAGGGCGACAUGAUGGUGAACGGCGCCUUCUUCGUGCCCUCCGGCGAGGGGAUGGAGGAGAUCUACGAGAAGGCCUCCAGCACCGACCCCAAGUCAUCGGCGCUCGUCGACACGCUCACGCAGAACGCCGGCGUCCUCGGCGACCCCAGGAACGACGCCGAGGAGACCGGGUACACGGGGCUCAACUACGCCGGAGUUGGGAACGGCCGCGGCGGCGGCGGCAACGGAUACGGCUACCUCGGGAUGGUCUACGCCAACGACGCCGAUCGGGGUCGCAGGUCGCGGUCCAUGCUGUCGCUGACCUCGUCGGUUGUCACCCUCGUGGCGCUCGGAUGCUUGCGCUUGUUGUAACACACGAUCGAUUCAGAAUUUCAGAUGCUUCAUUAUGAUUCGAUUGGAAAGGUAGUAGGGAAAGGGGAAGGAAAAGGUAGCACCGUAGCAUUAGUAGGGAGGGGGAGGAGGUAGUCAGGUAGGCAACACAGUGAUGUCCACAGUCACAACCAUGUUAAGUUGCACAUGGCUGGGCCGCUGGGGAACAUUGCAUGGAAUCAAAUGUAGCCACUGUAGUUCUUUACAAAGGGGGAAUGGAUGAUUCAUUCUAGACUUCUCUGCACCUCUAUCGCGGACGUUAUCAUUCUGUGAAUAGAUGCGAAAAAGAAACGCAAGUUUCACAA